AUGGCGUCUCUACUGACGGCCGGAAGUGCAGCGCCCAGUGUGGCGGACGGCGGAAGCAAGCAACAAUCCCCACAACCAUCCCUGUCGUCUUGUUCACCCCGGAACACAGCCUCCCCGAGUGGUGGCCCGAAUGCCACCCCCGCACCCAACACUGGGGCCAUGAAUAAUCCAACAGCCGUCAAGCUGGGCGUCAUGGACGUCCCGAAGGCGCUGCAGGACGGCGAGAAGUUCAUCAAAUGGGACGAGGACUCGUGCAACGGCACUCCCGUGACGCUGCGCGUCGAUGUCAAGGGCUUCUUUCUGUACUGGGUUGACCAAAACCACGAGAUGGAUAUGCUGGACAUCGCCACCAUUCGGGACGUACGGACCGGCCAGUAUGCCAAGAAACCGAGGGAUAUGAAGCUGCGCCAGAUCGUGACGAUGGGCUCGCAGGACACGCUCGAGGAGAAAACUGUCACCGUGUGCUACGGUGCCGAUUUCGUGAACGUCAACUUUAUCAACUUUUGCUGCACGCGUAAGGAUAUCGCUCGGCUCUGGAGCGACGAGCUGAUCCGGAUGGCGUACAACUUAACCCAGCUGAACGGUCCGGCGAUCAUGUUUCUUCAGAAGGCGUACACCAAACUUUGCCUGCAGGUCGACAAAAGCGGCAAGAUCCCGGUGAAGAACAUCGUGAAAACGUUCGCCACCAACAAGGACGAUCGGAGACGCGUGGAGAAGGCACUGGACGUGUCCGGGUUGCCGUCCGGGAAAGGCGAUACCCUCGCGCUGACCAAGUUCCAGUUCGAGGACUUUUUUAAUCUGUACAAAAAUCUUUCCCAAAGAACUGAAGUAGAGAAAGUGUACGACGAGCUAGUCGGAACCUCGAAGCGGCGGCUAAUGUCGACUUCACAGCUAGUCGAUUUUUUGAACAAAACCCAGCGGGAUCCACGGUUGAACGAAAUCCUGCACCCGUACGCAAACACGGCCCGAGCCCGGGAUCUCAUCCAGGAGUACGAGCCGAACAAAUUCAACGCCCAAAAGGGCCAGCUGAGCUUCGAUGGCUUCCUUAGGUAUCUCAUGUCGGAGGAUAAUCCCAUCAUGGCAGCCACCAAGCUGGACCUGUCGGACGAUAUGGAUCAACCGAUGGCGCAUUACUUCAUCAACUCGUCGCACAACACCUACCUAACCGGGCAUCAGCUCACCGGAAAAAGCUCGGUCGAAAUCUACCGGCAGAGUUUGCUGGCCGGGUGUCGGUGUGUGGAACUGGAUUUCUGGAACGGUCGCACUGAGGAGCCAGUGAUCGUGCACGGCUACACAUUCGUACCGGAAAUCUGCGCCAAAGACGUACUGGAAGCAAUAGCGGAGACCGCAUUCAAGACGUCGGAAUUCCCUGUGAUACUGAGCUUCGAGAACCACUGCAAUCCCCGGCAACAGGCCAAGAUAGCGAACUACUGUCGGGAGAUAUUCGGUGACAUGCUGCUGGAUCGGCCGCUCGAUUCCCACCCGCUUGAGUCGAACGUGGAGUUGCCUCCACCGGCGUUGCUGAAGCGCAAGAUCAUCAUCAAAAACAAGAAAAAACACCACCAUCAUCACCAUCAUCACCAUAAAAAGGCGACCGGUGUGAGCAGCCCGCAGCAGCAACCACCGGGUGGUGUUGUAGCGAACAGCGUUAGCAAUAAUAGUGCCACCCAGGCCACGACAGUUAACAGCAGCAGUUCGAACGCCCCCAUCACGACGGCUGGGGUCAAUCCCGGUGUCGCCAGCAAUAACAGUACAAAUGCAGCAAAUGCAAGCUUACAGCAGUCGCAACAGGAUGAAUCCAACGGUAACUCCGCGGCCAACACCACCACCAGCAACAAUGGCACAGCAACACCGCAAGCAAUACAGCCGCAACAGCAGCAGCAACCAACCGGAAACGGAGAGAUUCCGCACCAUGCACCACCACUGCAGCAAAUUCGCCAAAGUUCAAAGGAAAGCACCGGCUCGUCGGAUACGGACAGCUCGAGCGACGACGAGUCCAUGCCCGGGACGGUGGUCGGUCCGAUCGGUGCGAACGAGGCGGACAAGGUGCCACAAACCAAAGAGACUGAAGCGGGCGCGGAAAUAUCCGCCCUCGUCAACUACGUGCAGCCGGUGCACUUCAGUAGCUUCGAAAAUUCGGAAAAAAAGGCACGCUUCUACGAGAUGUCUUCGUUUGAUGAGAAGCAAGCGACCACGCUGCUGAAGGAGCGCCCCAUCGAGUUCGUCAACUACAACAAGCACCAGCUGUCGCGCGUUUAUCCUGCCGGUACGCGCUUCGACAGCUCUAACUUUAUGCCGCAGCUUUUCUGGAACGCGGGCUGUCAGCUGGUGGCGUUGAACUACCAAACGCUUGAUCUGGCGAUGCAGUUGAACCUGGGUAUCUUCGAGUACAACCACCGUUGCGGUUACCUGCUGAAGCCUGAGUUUAUGCGUCGGAAGGACCGUCGGUUGGAUCCAUUUGCUGAGAGCACGGUUGAUGGUAUUAUUGCGGGCACGGUGAUGGUGACGGUGAUAUCGGGCCAGUUCCUCACCGACAAGAAGGUAGGCACGUACGUCGAGGUGGACAUGUUUGGGUUGCCAGCAGAUACGGUGCGUAAAAAAUUUCGCACCAAAAUUGCACGCGACAACAGCAUCAACCCGGUGUACGACGAGGAACCGUUCGUGUUCAAAAAGGUCGUCCUUCCGGAGCUGGCCUGUAUACGGAUUGCGGCGUACGAGGAGGGUGGCAAAUUGAUUGGACACCGAGUGCUUCCGGUGAUAGGGCUUUGUCCUGGAUAUCGACACCUGACGUUGCGCACCGAGGUUGGCCAACCGAUUCCACUCGCGACACUGUUCCUGUGCAUCGUGGUGAAGGACUACGUCCCUGAUGGAUUGUCUGAUUUUGCCGAGGCGCUUGCUAAUCCGAUUAAGUACCAGAGCGAGCAGGAGAAACGUUCGAAGCAGCUCGCCGUGCUCGAAGAGGACACGGAACCAACCGAGGAGGAAUCAUUUGUCGUUGUUUCUCUAGGUGCGAACAAAAAGGGCGACACGCUCAAGUCCGGUGACACUAACAACACCUCCAGCAGUCCGGCAAGGCAACGCCCCGUAGGAGGAACUCACUCAUCCACCGCCACGGCGUCAGGAACAACUGGAGGUUCGGGAGCAGGUGCAUCCGAGAGUGAUGCCGAACGAGAAGCACCCCUUGAGGCGAUCACCAAAAUGGUAUCACUUCCGGUGGCUCAAUCCUCAUCGAUCGAUCAUCCGACGGUUCCUUCAGCGAAGCAAUCCACCACAGGACAAUCGAUGUCGGGUGGAGGGCCGAUCAUCACCACGACCACCAACACACCCGGGUUUGGGGUGGGUGAUUCUUCCGCUGGUCAGCUCGGAGAUGGUGGGAAAAUUGUGGCCGACCCACUGGAGAAGAUCUUCGAGGAUAAACAGAUCCGCAAGAAACGCGAGGCACUCGAAAAGGAACUGAAAGCGUUGAAGAAAAGCCACGACAAGGAGAAGCUAAAAAUGCACGCCGCACAAAAAAGCACCGAUCUCGGAGCAGACGGACCGGUAAAGAAAUCCAAGUUUACGAUGGGCAACAAGCUGGUGAAGCGGUUCAGCAGCAAAAACAUGGCGGACAUGAACGUGAAGGUGCCACCAUGCGCCUCCACCACGGACACCGACGGUACGGGUGACGCACAGGCUGAGAGAUUGCGGCAGAUUUGUCGUGACCAUGCUGGCAGCUAUCGGGAAGUGCUGGAAAAGUACCACGAGAUCAUCUACACGCUCGCGGAGGAUCUGCUCCGACAGUCGCAGGACGCACAGAUGAAGCAGCUUAAGACGCAACUCGAACGGGAAACGAGUGAAGUAAUGCGACAGCUGCAGCUAUCGCGCAAAAGUGAAGUGAAACAGCUCGCCAUGGUGCACAAGGACAAGGACGAACUGGAACGCAUGAAGCGUGAGGUGGAUUCCACGCUCGUUGAAAAAGGCGUCACGGAGCGUGUGAGGUUGACGGCGACCUACGAACGGAAGCGUGAUGAGCUUCAGCGCCAACACGACGCGGUAAAGCAGGGACUGGAAGAUCACAAGCUAAAGGCACGCUCGAUGCUGGAAAAGGAAGCGGAAUCGCAUGCCUUCAUAUCCGACACAUUCCUGGCGCACCUGAACACCAGCAACAGCACGACCAGCUGUUCGUCGGUCGGUGCCACCACGAACCACCCACCGACGACGUCACUCUCGAGCGGUAACAUUUGCGCCACCGGAAGUGCCACCCACGAGAACAACGUCAACAAUGCGCACGCAUAG